AUGGCCCAAUUUGACCCCAACCUUGAGCAGAUUCAGCAGUGCCUGGCCGAGGUCACGGCCGCUGUCGACCAGUAUCGCAAUCAAGCGACCACCCAGAACAGUCAGGAUGCUCGCUACCAGUUGAUGACCCAGGCUACCCGCUUGGUGCGUGCUAUUCGGGGCCCGGCCGACCUCGUCUUUGCCAACUUUGAAGAUGCUAUCCCCGCUUCCAUGGGGGCCCCGGUCUGCGCUACGAGGGGGUCUCCCUGUCCGUGCUUGACUGAACUGACCCGUUCCAGUGCGCCAUAUGCGCGCCCUGACGCCCACGGGACCCUUUCGCGAGACAGGAGAGGAAUUGUAUGCGCACACCGCCGAGUCGGAAAUCCUGCUGGCCCCCCAGAUGCGGGCGGUGUUCAGUCUAAUGCAUGUCCGAUGGCUAACCAGAGCCACCUGCUGGCCAGGGUCGAUGAGUAUUCGCCCGCCAUGCUACGGGCCCAUGAAUAUUUCUCGCAGCAGGGCUGGCAGCAUCGCAUCGAACUGCGCCGCAAUCCCUUCACUUUCGUGCAUGGCUGCGACGGACAGACCAUGUUCGAGCACAUAUCUCAGAGCCCCGCCCGCGCAACCCGGCUGAAUGAUGCCAUGGUGGCGGAGGAUUCUCUCCUUGCGGAGAUUGGCCUAUAUCCCUUCGGGUCCACACUGAGUCCACUUGCGCAGCCAGACAUCGCCACGAUCGUGGACGUCGGCGGGGGUCGCGGGCAUAUUCUGCGUCAGCUCAAGGAGAGCUUGGCAGGUAUCCCUGGGCGGUAUAUCUUGCAGGAUCGCGAGAGUGUCAUUGCUGAUAAUGGCCCCGAGAUGGAGUCGCACGGGAUCGAGCCGAUGGCGCAUGAUUUCUUUAACCCCCAACCUGUGUCGGGCGCCCUCGUGUAUUUUAUUCGUCGCGUGCUGCAUGACUGGCCCGAUGAGGAGGUUCGUCAGAUCCUCGCACACCAGGCGGAUGCGAUGGAUCGAGAGCGGUCGCGAAUUCUCAUCACCGAGACGAUCAUCCCCGAAAUUGGCGCGACCGCAACCAACGCGUAUAUGGAUCUGACUAUGAUGACGUUUGGUGGGCGCGAGCGGACGGUGAAGGACUUUGCGCACCUCUUCGAAUUGGCAGGGCUGCGACUGGCGAAUGUGUACAAGGCCCCGGGUGUGCCCAUGGUGGUGCUGGAAGCUCGGUUGAAGUAA